AUGCUGGCCCUAAAAAAGGCCCUGACACUGGCCCUAACGAAUGCUGACGCCAUCCCUAAUACCCUCAAGUUAUCUCUAACAGAGGCCCUGAAGCUGGCCCUAACUAAUGUCCUGACGCUGGCCUUAACUGAGGCCCCGAGGCUUUUCCUAAGUAAGGACUUGACGAUAUAUCUACUUGAAACCCUGACACUGGAAGCCCAGGGCAAGAAGAUUUUUGCUCAGAAGUGUGCCCAGUGCCAUACUGUGGAAAAGGGAGGCAAGCACAAGACUGGGCCAAAUCUCCACGGUCGGUUUGGGCGAAAGACAGGUCAGGCUGUCAGAUUCUCUUACACAGAUGCCAACAAGAACAAAGGCAUCACCUGGGGAGAGGAGACGCUGAUAGAGUAUUUGGAGAAUGCCAAGUACAUCCCUGGAACAAAAAUGAUCUUCGCUGGCAUUAAGAAGAAGGUAGAAAGGGCAGACUUGAUAGCUUAUCUCAAAAAAGCUACUAAUGAGUAGUAGUUGGCCACUGCCUUAUUUAUUAUGAAGCAAAUGUCUCAUGACUUUUUAUGUGUACCAUACUUAAAUUGAUUUCAUACACUAGAAUUCAGAUCAUGAAUGGCUGAUGUAAUAUUUCUGUCCUGAUUUAAAUAAGAGUGGCUUGUGGCUAAAUGAAUAUGGUCAACUUUUUGAAUUUUGAUAGUAAUUCUGGUUCAACAAGUACUAUCACUGUUUUCCCCUUCUAAACAGAUGAUUAAACUUGAAUAAGGAAUGUUAAACUUUUCAGGGAUAUUGUGACUGCCUUCUCAAACCCUAUAGGAGAUUGGUUUUAUAUUUAGAUUUCUGUAACUGGUUAUAUUAAUAUAUUUAAAUAUUGAGAAGCUCCCUUCACUGUCUCUUAGAUCAGCAAGAUUCACCUGUGUUUCAAGUUGUGUUCAUUCACCUGUUAAGGCAAGGGCUGAAGAUACACUGACAAUGUCCACUUUAUAUUUUUGGUCUUAACUAUGCCAACUUAAUUAGAAUUCUCCAA